AUGCGAUACCGCCAGCGUGUCCAGCAGGCUGACCAUGCCACCUUGCAACCGCCAGCUCCUGGGAGCGGAGAGCAUUACAUGAUCUCCCGGGAGCUGGCACGAUGGCACAAACAGCGCCAUCUACAUGGUCAGCCUGCUGGACACGCAACAGGAACAACUCGCCAGCCCCUAGGGGAUGGGGAUGUCAUAUCAUCUCCCAGGGGCUGGCAAUAUGGCACAACAGCUGCCAUCUGCGAGUUCAGCAGGCUGACUAUGCCACUUUACAAUGGCAUAAACACGCUUCGAUGCCACCUGCAUAGUCAGCCUGCUGAAUAG